AAAUUUAUUACAGAUACAAAACGAAAACAAUGGUUCGCCUUUUUGUGACUUUACUCAUUUUAGGGUUUGCUAGCUUGGUGUACUGUCAAUUGUGCAAAUGUCGGCCGACUUUUCGGAACUUUCAGUGUGAAUCGCAGAAAGAAUGCAAACGGUCUCUUUGUUUUGUGAAUAAAAACGAUCCGGAAGGGAAUGAAAUAAGCUUACCAGCUACUUGUUGUCUUCCCAAUUCAGAACCUGAGAGUUGUGGAGAAUUCUGCAAAUGCAUGGAUAGAAUCGUGUAUCAAGAAUACGAGGGCAAUUACUAUGAAGUGCCACAAUGUACGUGUUUGGAAGUAUAUUGAUCCAAGGACAUUUAAACGGGCAUCUGUAUUCGUUUGAAUUGAAAGUUAAUGAAUACAAUUAAAAUAUAAAAGUGUCUUUGAUAUACUUCCCGCGUUGGAGUGAAGUUGGGGUUAGUUUUAGAAGACUUGAAAAGCUUUGCAUAAUGG